CUGAUCAAUAGUUGAUGGCAUUCUCUUGACUUUUGUGCUUGUUGAUGAAUAUAUUUUUUACUUUUUUGCGAUUUGUUCGUAUCAAGAACCCGUGAUCAAAGGUUAAAAGGAACUUGAAAUAUCUUUAACCUGAGAUGGACAUUACGAAAGAAGUGGAAAGCGCAUUGGAAGAAGAAGGUUACGUUAAAAUCGACUCGACUUCGUCGAGCACCAUGUCCACCUCUACUUCUCCUGUUUCCAUUGGGGAUAAAAAAUCGAGUUCACGUGGCGUCACUUCGGUUCAUUCGCACUCGGUGACCCAAAUAACGAGCCCCGUUCAGCAGAAGAUUCGCACGGAUGUUUCAGCAAGUGAUCUCAUGGAAAAUAAGAGUGGUAAAUCAUCUCCAAAUUCAUCAUCGACGUGGCAAGGCCAGGGGCAAACUUCUGACCAGGAUGGCGAUGGGAAUGAUGACUUAACUAGCGGGGUUUGGGGCUGGAUGUCCACUGCAAUGUCGGUUGGAUUACAAACAACGCAGAACAUUGGUAGAAAUAUUAUGGAGAAAACCAAGACUUCAGUUGAAAGUGUGAUCACAACACUUGACCCAGAAAUGGAGGACUACUUAUCAGACAGAAGAGAACAGUCUAUAAGCCUGGCUGUUGCAACCACUGAUACUGAAGCCAUAGAAGCAAUAAAGGAUGGGUUCCGUCAAGUGUUUGAACAUGUUACCGUGCAGUCAAAUUCCUCGACAUCUGGGAUUGCUCCCCUUCCUGUAGGAUUUUCAGCUGGGGUGAAGGGAGCACAGCAUAGAAUAGCCAGUUUAGUGCGUGGAAAGAAAGUGCAGGAAGGUCAAGUGAUCAUUGGAGUGGAAGAAAUGUUGUCAGAGCUGUUACCUGGCAAGUGGUUUGGUUUAACAUGUCUUGCACUGAGUGACCCAACUUCAAAGACAGAGCUUGAAACAUUCUCUCAAUCAGUCCAAAUUCCAAGUUUUUAUAUCAAGAAAGCAGAGGAAAGCACCCCAUCUAAUUACAACCUAAGGUGGUCAGGGCUAUCAUUUACUCUUGGGGAGGUCAUGCUUGGCUCUGGGCAAGAGUAUGGCGAUUGGCAUUCUAAAAUAUCAGGUUCUUCCAAAAGACAAAUUCUUACUUUAGCUGCUAGGAGUUUAGCAGGGCAGUUUAGAGAAAGAUUGAGAGCUAGUGCUGACUCGCUGAUGGAGAAUGCAUUAGUUAUGUAACAAGUUGAUACUAACGUUAGAAUAUUGAUGCUAUGUAGGUUCUGACUACCAAGAUAGAUGUUAUUAUAGUAACUCUAAUAAAUAUUUAAAUUGUUCUUCCUAUUCCAUAAGUAUUUUGUUUAACUGCAUUAGUAGAGUUCAGGGAAAUAAAUGGAGAAAUUUAAUAUUCAAUUACCUUCAAAUGCUCUUUUACUCUGGAAAAAAAAUGAAAAAGACUCAAAAAAAUAGAUUAGAAAAAAUUUCACAGUUGUCAUUACACAGUAAAAAUACAACAUACAAGUAUUUAUCAUUAAACAACUUUGUCUUAACCAUGAAACAUGUUAAUUACUUACUGGCAUGGAGUUCUUUCUGUUAGUUACACAUGUUAGCAUUUAUAUGUACAUGGCUUGAUAACUUUUCCAUGCCAGAGUUUCAUGCCUUCAUAUUUCCCAUUAGACCUCUCCUUACAUUAUAUGAAAUUUGAAUUUGUUAAAGUGAAUGCAAAACAAAACAUGAAAUUAAUGAUUAAAUUCUGUGGGGUGAUAUUUCCAUUCAGUAAUAGGUCAUAGAUGAUGUCAACAGUGGCACACGAGGUGCAGUCAAGUCUGUCUCAUUGUGGUGUCUUCUAUGAUCUAUUACAGACUGUACAGAGUCAUGGCAAAAUGGAAUCUAUUUGUUUUAUGACUGAUAAGGAAGAAAAAUGGAAUCUAUUUGUUUUAUGACUGAUAAGGAAGCAAAAUGGAAUCUAUUUGUUUUAUGACUGAUAAGGAAGCAAAAUGUUGUUAUUGGUGACGUCAUUUCUGUGUGUCUUCCAAUAUAUUAUGAGUGAUAACCAUUCAAAAUGUGUGUACAGUUCAGCUGAACAUAUAUUAAUACCCUGUAUAAGAUUUAGUCACCCAUUGCACUUCACCAUAGUAAAGAAUCACAACUUAUCUGUUAAACAUUCAUAGUAAUAAUAAUGCCUUAUUACUCCUGGCAAUUUAUUUAUGUGUAAUUAGGGUCCAUAGCUUUGAGGGUACUUUAGUUUCCUCCCUUGCACCAAGAUAUUCGAAGGAAAUUACAUUGUGCACCUCUUGAGAAUUUGAGAAUUGUAUUUAAUGCAAGAGUAUAAUUAAUAGUUAUUUUAAAUUACUAUGUGCUGAGUGUUAAAAAUGUUAAGUUAAGAGUUUAUUGGAGCUAGCCUAAUGAUCAGAUAACUUAUGGCUAUUUGAAUAGAUCAGAUGUAAAAUAUAUUUUAAUUGAAUCUAAAAUAAAACGCAUUGAAGAAGCAAUAAAAGACCUUACUAAGGGGGAAAACAGAUUUGAAAACAAACAAAGUUGGUGUGAAAUAAUGUACUAUUUUCCAUGUUCUUUAUUUCCAGGGGUUAUUUUCCAUACAUUUUUGAAGUAUAAGUGUUAAACUUUCAUUAAUGUUUAUGUCAGCAAUCGUGGGCAGAAGGCAUAGGGGAUUUAAUUAUUAUACAUAUGAUUAUUUUUUUGUGAAAAACAAAGCGUUUUUCUCUGUUCAUGGUUGGGACUUCACUGUCUUAUUUUUUAUGCCAAGAAGCAAAUAACAAAUAAAUGCUG